GGCUGGGCAGAAAAUAAAGACGACAGUAAGAUACUUCAGACCCUCAGAGUCCUAUUGUAAAUAUGUCACCGGAACACAGAAAUUCAGAACUCAACAUCUGCUGAAACCAUGUUCGGGGCCGGAGAGGGGACUACUCAGCAGCAGAAGGCAGACAUGGGGGUGACCAUGACCUGCUGUGAAGGAUGGACAUCCUGCAAUGGAUUCAGCUUGCUGGUUCUGCUUCUACUGGGAAUAGUUCUCAACGCAAUCCCUCUCAUCGUCAACGUUGUGGAUGAAGGCCAAUUUUUUCACAACCCCAUCUCUUGCUUUGAGUGGUGGCUCCCAGGAAUUAUAGGAGCAGGUCUGAUGGUCAUUCCAGCAACAACAAUGUCCUUGGCAGCGAGAAAAAGAGCCUGCUGCAACAACAGAACUGGAAUGCUUCUGUCAUCACUUCUGAAUGUACUCACGGUCAUUGGUGCUGCGUAUUGCAUGUUGGUAUCUACCCAGGCUCUCUUGGAAGGUCCUCUCAUUUGUAACUCUCCAGAGAACAGCACACCCAGUUGUGAAUUUUCAUUCAGUAACUUGAGUGACAUUCAUCCCGAAUCCUUCAAUCUGCAGUGGUUCUUCAGUGAGGCUUGCGUGUCUCCUACUGAUGUCACUGAUCCCACCACCAAUGGCAUCACAGCUGGUGACUGGAGAAAACACACCUUGCACUUCGAUUCUAAAGAAAACAAGUACAGGGUGAUCCAUUUCUCCGUGUUUUUAGGCCUACUACUCGUGGGGAUCCUGGAGCUUCUGUUUGGGCUCAGUCAGAUGGUCAUCGGUUUCCUUGGCUGUCUCUGUGGAGUCAGUAAGCGGAGAAGUAGAAUUGUAUAGUUUCAUGGUAAUAAAAUGGAAAUAUCAGCAGUUUGAAUCAUUUAAAUUGCAUUUAAAAGACACUCUUUGGGGUGCCUGGGUGGCUCAGGUCUUGGUCCUGGGGGGGGGGUCCCAGCUCAGUGGGGAGCCUGCCCCUCCCUCUGGCUUGUGCUCUCUCAAAAAAAUAAAAUCUUUAAAAAAAAAAAAGACACUCUUUUAGAAGUUCAAAAAUGGGACACUGUCUAGAAAGCUCUAUGAGUCACUUUAGGCCAAAAGUCAUCUUUGAGGUGAUUAAAAAAAUCAGUCUUACGUGUAUAAAGCAAAAACAAUCACCCGUGGUUGACUUUGGAGAAAAGUGGAGAGAAGUUUUCAAUUUGUUUUGUAUUUUUUGGUACUUCUGUAGUAUUCGAAUUUUUUAAU